AUGGAGGCCUCGCCGACCAAGAGACGCGCGUUGGCAACGCUAGAUAUCAAUGCCAACUCCCCCGCAGCCAGCAACAAGAUCGCCCAACUGAAGGCCCCGCGGCCACGCGACGCACCUGGCAUCAAGAGGAGCGUAGACGUUGCAGACGAGCCGGCGCCCAAGAGAGCAUGCACGCCCGCUUCCCGCUGCGGGUCGGCCAAGCCGAACGACGAUACGCCUGCUCACGACAGGCGCGACUCAGCCUCGCCCGAGACCUCAUCCAUCUUUGACAACUCAGUCGUCGACACCUCGCAGGCAACAUGUAUAACCGAGGUGGACGCGGAAGCCGUGGCGUCUCCGCCGCGACUCCCCCGGCGCCCGACGCUUACACGCGACGAGGCGCGGCAGAAGGCCGAGAUCUUGCGCCUCAGGCUCGGUCUCGCGGGCUACAAGCUACGGACUGGGCAGGAGGAUGUCCCCCUCGAGCGACUGCGGGUGCGCCAGCUCCCCGGCGAGAGGAGUCAGCCGCGCCGGGGUGCUGCGCGUCCGGCCCCGCAAAGCAGGCCGGCGGAGAGGCUACAGGCCGCGCCGACGGGCACGGUGCCGAUGGCGCACGCGCGACCCUCCUCCCACGCUCAUCCGUCGCCCGAGAAGAACCUGCUCCCCAGACUGCCGCCGGCGGCCUUCAACACGCCGACGCGGUCACGGUUCGACAGCGACGAGACGCUCACCAGUAGUGCCAUCAAGGGAGGCGCCGCCAAGGGACUCCUCAGCCUAUCCCGGGGGAUGAAGUAG